AUGGACUCUCAAGCCCAAGACUGGAACGCAACCCAAUACCUCAAGUUCGAGGCCGAACGGACCCGGCCAGCUCGAGACCUGCUCGCGCAAAUCCCCCUGACAAGCCCGGCCCGAGUCAUCGACCUAGGCUGCGGGCCAGGCAACUCGACCGCCGUGCUGGCCACGCAUUUUCCCGACGCGCACAUCACGGGCGUCGACUCCUCGCCGGACAUGAUCGCCAAAGCCCGUGCCCGACUACCCGGCGUGGAAUUCCAGCUGGGCGACCUCCGUGACUUUGCGCAAUCCGUAUCACAAGCGCAACCGCAGCAGCAACACCCGCAACUGGUCUUCUCCAACGCCGUGUUCCAAUGGCUCCCGCACGAAUCGCGCAUGCAGAUCCUCGAGGACCUGCUCGCGGCGCUCCGGCCAGGCGACGUCUUCGCGUUCCAGGUCCCCGACAACUUUGACGAGCCGUCACAUCGCGCCAUGAGGGAGACGGCCGAUGAAGGUCCCUGGGCCGAAACGCUCCGACCCGUGACCACGUUCCGGCGAUCGUUCCAGUCGCCGAGGGAGCUGUACGAUCGGUUGAGCCCGCUGUGCCGGGACGGGAGGGACCUCAACGUGUGGCACACGCACUACUACCACGUGCUGGACGACGCGCCGGCCAUCGUCGAGUGGGUCAAGGGCACGGGCCUGAGGCCGUACCUCGACAGGCUGUCGCCGCUGGAGAGGACCGCGUUCUUGCACGAGUACCUUGCGCGCGUGCAGAGGGCGUAUCCCCCACUUGCGGAUGGGAAGGUCUGUCUGCGGUAUCCGCGCUUGUUCGUCGUGGCUGUGCGGGCGUGA